UUCUGUUGGAAGUUGGGGCUGCCCGCCACUCCACUCGAGUGGCACCCCAAGGCCCAAACCCUUACCACCUCCACUCACCCUCUCUGGUCACCCUCACCCCAAAACAGCCUCUCCCCAACACCACAGAGGCAUCCCACUUCCCUCCUUGUCUACCAGUCUCCGGCCAGCAUCCCGCUGAGUUUUUCUUUAAAUGCUUAUUUUGGAAUCACUUCAAAUUUGAGGAAAAGUUUGAAAUAGUACAGCAAACUGCCGUCGGAUCUGCCUCAGGUCCCACGACAGAGGACAGCUUUCUCGGCCGGCAGUUUGCCGUUCUUUGACUUUAUCUCUGUCUCCCGUACGUAUAUGCAAAUUACAGCUACUCCUCUUGCUGGUCCCAAACCACUCCCAAGAGGCAGGAGUGGGUGCAGCGUCCCUUCCCUAAACGCCUCAGCAUUCCGAGUCCCUAAAAACAACAGCGCCCUUACAUAACCGAGGCAGCUAUCAACUUCAUGGAACAUAAUAUUGAUUCAAUGCCAUCCGCUAAUCUACAGUCCAUAGUCCAAUUUCGUCAAUUGCCCCCAGGAUCUCCUUCACAGCACUUUCUUCCCGGAUCCAAGAUCUCAUCAGGGCCAGUCCACUGCUUUGACCUGUUAAAUUUUUUUAGUCUUUCCUCAUCUGGAGUAACUCUCACCCUUCAUUUGUCUUGCAUACCAUUGACAAUUUCCGAGCCCAGGCCGGUUCUGUAAAACGCCCCUCCUUUUUCAUUCUUCAGUGUAAAAUUCCAAAACCUUAUUACAGGCCCUCUGGGCCAGGUGGAAUCCGCCUGCCCCAAACCUAACCACCCUACUCCCCACCCCCGUCCCCGCAGCCUGCUCUAGGCUCCAGCCUCGUCACCCUCACUGCACUUUCCACUCUUCACACACAAAAAGGAUCGCUCCAGGCAGCCAGGAGGUCAGGCCCUCUGACCCCGCCCUCGCCCUCGGGCCAGGCCAGACCUGAGGCAUUUUCUUGUCUGCAAGACCUGUGUCCCUAUUCAGAAGAACUUCCUUCUCACAUCUGCAUAUUCAUUGCUCAGCUCCGCUGGCUAGAACGUGGGCUCCGAGAGGGGGAAAGACUUCUGUCUGGGUUACUGCCGCAGCCCUGGGUCCCUGGUCCUGCCUGGCACGCAGGAAGCGCUCAGAAAUUAUUUGCUAAGUAAAUGUAAAAGUGAGGAAAGAAAAUCGCUGGGUCUGGGACCUAAAGCACCAGAAGGCGGUGAGAGCCAGGGGCCGUGGAAGGCUUUCCAGAUUCCAGAACCUUCCCCAGCCCGCCCUGCUGCCUCUAAGCAGAAAAGGAAGAGCCUGGCAAACCUCCCUUAUCUUCACAAUCCCAUCGCCUCAUCAGCCAAUGCUGAUUAAUCUUUCUAAAUCAAUCCCAGUAGGCUGACAGGCUGGAUUCCAGAGAUGGAGCCACGGGUCCUGCAGAAGACCCGUGACACCCUAUUGUCCACUAGCCGGGUCAAAGGGCAGCCCCCCCCAUCCUGACCCUCGCCGGGGUGUGGGGGCAGGGAGAAUAAAUAUCCAAGCACAAACUCUUGCUAAUAGCUGAGAGUGCAAUGCAGGAGGACUGAAUGUGAGGCUUCCAACCCCAGAGCUGAGAACCCAACCUGCCAGGUGCUUGUCACUUACUGUCCCUGGGAACUGACCAGGCUGAGAACGCUUACUGCUCGGAUUACAUCAAUACUCAAGGUUACUGGAAGGGAAAAACCACCCCGACUUUGAAUCAAACCCAUUCAUUCCCGAUUUCACCACCUCUACGAAGUGAUCAAACCCUUAGCCAGAUCCACAGCUCUGAGCAUCUCCUCCAGGGCACCCCCAUUCACAACAGAUUUCCCCCCGAACCCAUCCAGCGUUCCUGCCACCCUGAGCUUCCCCUAGAGCAGCCCUUCUGCGCCCAGCCUGCGGGACACACGGCCACCCAGCUGCAGACCUCUGUGGGGAUCCAGCCCAGAAGAAACACCUUCUCACCCCUCACUGCCUGGCUCUGUAACCCCGGUGAAUCGCUCAGCUUCUCCCAGCUUUUUGUACAAGAAAUAAACAAGUAAGAUGUAGCUGAUAACGCUGGCAAGAGCUAAGAAGCUGACAACCAGAGAGGAAUGGGGUGUGAGGAAGAGAAAAUUUACAACCUGUACCCCACAAAGGAAACAGGGUGUGGGAAGUUCUGGACUGAGGAGUGUCUCAUCUACCACCCCAAGCAGUAAAGGGGCUUGGGGGUGCAGCUCCCCACUCUUACCUAAUGGGAUUAGCAGCUGGCUGUGGCACAGGGCAGGGGUCCUGCGCUGAUCUCCCUCCCUCAGCCGAGGUGAGCAUGCGGGGCACCGAGAAGCAGGGUGGCAGCCUACUCUCCUUCCCCCAGGCCCAGCAAGGCUCAGGGCCCAGGGGUGGCCUUCCCGCCAUUUCCUCCCCAACCUCUGCCACUGAGCGCGGAAAAAUCGGGCAGCUGAGAGCUGGGGAGGCCCCGACCCAGGGCUCUGGCUGCCCCCAACUGGCCUCUCAAGGUCCAAGUCUCUACCUCUCUGUCUGCCAGUAACAGGAGCUAUCUGGUGCGGCCAGGUUUCUUUGCGGGGGAGGGGGGUGCCACGGCAGGCACCCGCAGGGGCGCUCCCCGGCGCAGUGGCUCUUGACACUGCACUCCUGGGGACACUUUGGCUCCACCAGGUUCGGGAAUGCACGGCAAGCUAAGGCCUAGCCAGCCAGAACCACACUGGGUUCCACUGCAGGACUGCAGGGCCCCUGCCACCGCCCCAGGCCGGAGAGAGUGGCCCAAAGAGCGCAAAGGACUCCGGCAAACGCACGAAGGAACCCUGUGGCCUCCGGGGGCGCGCACCAGCGCAGAGCCCUCACCAGCCUUGGUUCCAAGUUCGGGGGGUAGGGAGUCCGGCGCGGUCAUGGGGAGAAAACCCUGGCCCUCGUCGGAACGUGACCCCCAGUUCCCAAGGGACCCCCCCACCCCCGCAGUGAACUCUGUGCGCCCCUCCCCCGCCCGGCGCCUCACAAAGGCCCUUUGUCCCGCUGAGCCCCCGCGACUCCGGUUCCUGAAAAGUUCCUGGAGAAAAAUCAAAGACAGAGACAAAAUCGCCGAGCGCAGCCGGGUCGACCAGGCGGGCAGGGAGGCGGCAACCGAGGGAGGCGGCAACUCCAGGCCCCGAGGGUGUUUUUCCUCCAAGACCCCAAGGACGGGGGUAGCGUUGGAGGGCACCCGGAGAAAUCGCCAAACUCCUAAACUUCAGUUUGAAAGAAAAGGAUUUUUCUCCCCUAACAAGGAUGGCAGAACCCAAGGGCUGCCAAAAUUUGCAAACUCCAGCCCAGACUUAUCCGGGGAUUGGAAUUGGCCCUUGGUGACUCGAUUUCGGCACACGGUUAGGCCUUAGGUCUCCACGCAUAGGGAACCGCAGCCUAAAGCCUCUCCGUUGGAACCUCGGGACUGGCCUCUGUCCAGGACUCAGGAUUAAGCCGCCCUGGAAGCCGAGUCUCACGGCACACGAUGGACCCACCGGGGAGAGAGGAUCCCAGCCUUCUUCCCGGACCUCCCUCCCCAAGAUCCCCGGAAGGCAGGAGAGGCGGACGCGGGG